AUGAUCAUUAGCUUUGUCAAAAUUAGUUUCACUCGCUUGGUCGAGUUGGACUACUCCAAGUUCGCUUCACUCAUUGGUGGUUGCUGGCAUGUCGCUGGUGACUGCUUAAACCUUGAGUUGACUGAGGCUGCUUUUCAUCUUAUGAGCAAUGAGGAGGCUGGAUUGAGUUUGAAGAUAUUGGAUGUUAGUUAUUGUGACGAGAUCACAGUGGCGGCAGCCCUAAAUCCUGGGGUUAGGGUUUCCUCCGCAUCAAUAUCAAUGUCUUUGAAACGGGGAUCGCCGCUGUGCAUAAACGAUGUUUUAACGGACGACGUGUUGUGUUUGAUUCUGGGGUGCGUAGAGAGCACCAAGGACAAGGAAGCGUUCGGGUUGGUUUGCAAAAGAUGGCUUGGGUUGCAGAGCACGGAAACGAAGAAGAUCACCGCACGUGCGGGUCUCCACAUGCUCCGAAGAAUGUCUGAUAGGUUCACACGCUUGGUCGAAUUAGACUACUCCCAGUUCGCUUCCCAUCGCAUCUAUCCCGACAUCACCGAUUCCGACCUCGCUGUCAUUGCUAGAGAAAUUACAGAUUCUGGAAUGAAAGCCAUUGGCGUAGGUCUUACCCUAUUGCAGUCGUUGGACGUGACACUCUGUACAAGGCUGACGGACAUGGGAUUAUCGGUUGUUGCCAAAGGCUGUUGUGACUUAAGGAUAUUGCGUAUGGCUGCAUGCAAAUUUGUUACAGAUGGUGUAUUGGUAGCUCUCUCCAAAAAUUGUCAUGACUUAGAGGAGUUGAGAUUGGAACUCACAAGUAUUACCGAUGAUGGACUCAUAAGCCUUGCAAGUGGCUGUCAUCAUACCAAGAUUUGAAACCUCUAUUUAUGCCAGCGUAAAGUCAGUGAUGUUGGGGUUUCUAGUAUUUGUAGGGCUUGUUCUCGUCUCAAGACAUUGAAAUUGAUGGAUUGCUACGAAAUUGGGGACGGAACAAUAUUAUCCUUGGCCAAGUUCUGUGGUAAUCUGGAGACUCUAAACAUUGUUGGUUCUGAGGAUGUCUCUGCCGAUGCCAUGAAGACACUGGCUACUGCUUGCGGAAGCAGCCUUAAAAUCUUAAGUAUGGAUGGAUGUCCAAACGUUUCUGAUUAUUUAGUGAGUUGUAUUUUAUGUCAAUGCAGAAACCUUGAGGCCUUGGGCGUUAGGUGCUGUGAAGAGUUGACUGAUGUGGCUUUUCAGCUUAAAAGCAAUGUGGAGCCUGGAUUGAGUUUGCAGAUGUUGGAUAUUAGUUACUGUGAAAAGAUCAGUGUUGGGUAUAUGCAUUCUUGUGAGUAAAUGCCCUUCUCCGAAAAAUUUGUAUGUGAGUUCAUGCCCGCAUAUAACAGGCUGAUUUCCAUCUUCCUAAAUGCCGCGAUAUUCACUUUUUAUAUAGUGGUAUCACUGAGCAUGUCCAUGCCGUGUUUUUUUUUUUUUUUUUAAGGUGAGCUUGCUGUGUUUCUUUGGUACCAUAUAUAUAUAUUUUAAGAGAUUGGCUUCUUUGCUA